UAGGGCUAUCACUGUGUAUAUACUACACACCAUCGGGGAGUAUCAAUCUACGACGAACGAAGCUAGGAAGCCUAUGCGAUUCUAUAAGAUGGCUAAAGGAGAUACUUUAAGACGAGGUAGACAGUCCUGGACAAAAUGUGUACGGAGAAACCUGCUGGUGAUACUGCUAAUAGCCUCAAUUUUAUUCGGAAUCGCUCUCGGUUGUGUAGUGAGAACAACGUGGUCACCUUCGGAUAGAAGGAACAUUUUCUACCUAAAAUUCCCAGGAGAAAUUAUGCUUAAUACACUAAAGAUGGUGUCUGUGCCUCUUGUCGUCUCCAGUAUUAUAUCGUCCAUAGCCACACUGUCGAUGAAGACUUCUGGUAGUAUCGGACUGAGGGCACUAGUAUACUACCUGGUCACCACGGUGAUUGCAGUCAUUACUGGCACAGUUGGUAUUGUGAUUAUCUCCAGCGGCAAGGAAACAAUAGUAGACACCUCGGAAAUCUCAAAAGGAACCAGUCAACUUGAUGCCCUUUUGGAUAUGAUAAGAAACGCUUUUCCUGAUAACUUGGUGGAAGCAACACUUUCAAAGAAACAAACAGUGAUGUCUUCAAAAAUAAUUCCCAUAAAUAUCGCACCCUCCGAUUUCAACCAAACGAAUGCCAAUGUUGCAAGAAAUGGGCCAAAUAACUUUACAACUAUCGACGUGCCCACGAUUAUAUCUGUCCCGGGGACCAACAUGCUCGGACUAAUUGUAGCCUCUAUCUUCAUUGGAUGUGUACUCUCCAGUAUGGAAGACAAGGCCAAACCUCUCGUAGACUUCUUCCGGAGUUUGUAUCAGGCCAUGAUGCGGUUAAUUCUGAUAUUUGUUUGGUUUACUCCAGUAGGAUUGACGUUCCUAGUAGCGGCGGCUGUAGUACAGGUAGAAAAUCCAAUGGAAGCCCUCGGAGAGUUUGGUGUCUUCAUAUCGACUGUGAUAUUUUGUUUUCUUCUCCAUGGCUUUGGUACCGUUCCCAUCAUAUAUUUAAUUGUGACCAGAAAAAAUCCUUAUGUGUUCAUACGCAAAAUGUCAAAAGCACUAUUGACAGCGUUUGGGACGACCUCGAGCGCGGCUGCUCUCCCCUUCACAAUGGACUGUCUGAUAACGAAGAACAGGAUUGACAAACGCGUUGUUAACUUCAUCGCCCCGAUAGGGGCAACAAUCAACAUGGACGGGAUUGCGCUCUAUAUUCCGAUGUUGAUCAUUUUCAUAUCUCAUAGGCUUGGUUUAAGUUUGGAUCCUGCACGUUAUGUUACAAUCGGAGUAUCAGCCAUAGGGGUAUCCGUAGGGGCAGCGGGUAUCCCUGGAGCAGGUUUGAUGUACAUGACAGUGGCUGCCAUGGCAGUUGGACUCCCUGCAGAGCAGGUCCUCAUCACUGCUCCGUUCGAUUGGAUUUUUGCACAAUUUCGGACAAUGAUCAACGUCUCUGGAGACUCCUUUGGAGCUGGCAUCGUCGAUCAUUUGAGUUAUCCCAUGAUGUCUCAUGACAAGGCGGAAAUGACCAGUGAAUCGGAAGAUGUGUUUGAGGAUGUUGAGGAAGAAACCAAUUUAGUUUGAUCAGGGCAUGCUUACAAUAAUAUAUAUAAUAUUGCUGCUUAAAUAUUACAUCUUCAUAUAUUCGACCGGAUUUAAAACUUAACUUAGCUUUUAUCAAUAGACUAAUCAAUAGCAAAUUAGUUAUCGACAAAUUAUAUUUCAUCGAUUCUGUAUAUUUUUGCAUUUGUACCAGAAUAAGUUUGAUAAGAUGUAUCUUUUACAAUUGUGCAUUUCAUAUUUUGCUCCAAUCUGUUUUCUCCCUAAAUGAGCCUCAUCUUCUGUGUAUACAUUAGUUCUUUUGUCCAAUACUGCUCCAGACUAUCAAAUUUAGAUUUGAUUGCCAUAUAAAAAGUACCAUGUUAGAAUAGAUCGGUGCUAAGAUCACCAUAUAUAUUACGUUAGAUACAUUUAUAGCUGCAAACGUUUAGACUGAAAUAAACAAUUAACAUACCCACUACUUUAGAUAUAUUUUUUCAUAAAACGUGAGAAAAAUCAAUUCAAUGAACACCAUAUCUUUUUAUCUGUUGACAAUUGGAGUAAGUAUUGUUAAGUAUAAAUUGAAAAAAUACGGGGCAAAAAGUGAGCGAUAUGCCUAAAUUGCUGUAAACGACCUGUCAGGAACGAAGCAAUGGAUUCCAGUCAUAUGUAUGUUAGUAUUCCUAUAUGGUGGUGAUUCAAAAGUGUACAGUAUGGCUGACCAACUAGGGUAGCAGACCACAGAAAGACUGCCUGGCUAUGGGUGAUUUUUUGCUAAGCAAAAAGCUCAUGUAUUAUGAUAUGCAUACAACAUGAAAAAAUAAAUGUACACUAUAA